AUGGCUCUUCCAGUGAUAAAAUCAACAACCAAUUGGGCUGACGAGUCGGCCGACCUUUCCCCGGACUGGUCUCCUACUGCGGCACCCGAAAUCCCCGGCGAUGACCAUUUCUCGUUGGAGGAAUCGGCUGCUGUGUCUCAACAGGAGAGGGAAGAGGAGCAUUUGCCCACCGGAAUGGGAGCCCCUCAGAGCUUCUGUGUAUACGUCGGUGGUUUGCCCUACAGUGCGUCCGAGGACGAGCUCGGGUUCUUCUUCCUAGACAGGAACAUUACCCCUGUUGGUGUUCGCAUCAUAAUGGAUCGCGAGACGAAAAAAUCAAAGGGUUUCGGUUACCUCGACUUCGCCACUGUGGAGGACUACGAGGCCGCCCUCCAGAUGAGUGGCGCUAACUUCGGCGGCCGCACUAUUAGAGUGUCUGCUGAGGAGCAUCGCAGAGAGCCACGCAGACGUUCUCGUGAACCCCGUGGGGGGCCUCGUCGUGACGACUUCGAAUUCCGUAGGGACGAUCGUCGUGAGUUCGGAAGAGAUGACCGUGAAUUCCACAGAGGUGGCCGAGACAGUCACCGAGAACACAACCGUGAGGUAUUCGAGCGCACUCCUGAGGAGGCCGCUGAGCACCACGAGAGGAAGAAGCUGCAGUUGAAGCCUAGGACUAAGCCGCUUGAGGAAAUGCACGAGGAUGCUGCAGGGCAACAGCGGUCGAGUAUUUUCGGCAAUGCGAAGCCUAGGGAUGAAGCUGAGUACCAGCGUCGGAAAGCUGAACGGGAAGAGCGAUUGGGAGUGAGUACCACUUCGAAGGACGGGAAGGACACCGCAGAGGCGAAGCAUCAUAGUGGUGGGAGUACUAAGGCGGCGCCCUCUGAAGCAUCUUCAGCGUUACCUCAUAUGGUCGUCGGCAAGGGGAAUAAAGGGGGAAAAGGUCGUCACAUCUCGAGUGACACCAAGUCCGCUAAUUGGCGUGGUAAGGGUAAGGACGUCGCGCCGAUCAAGAGGAGUCCCGAGGUUGCCCCUAAGGAACCUGUAGUUCGCACUGUUGAUACUGGCCCGACCAAAGUUAAGGGCGCUCUCGUCAAUGCAUUCGCCGGCUUGAGCGAUUCUGAGUCCGAGUCGGACUCUGAGUAA